AGGAGACGCAAGAAACCUCCCGACUCUUUUUCCAUACCUCUUCCACUUUCUCCAGUUGAUGAUUCUCUGAGCCUCAAGACACCUCCCGACUGUCUUCCGGUACCUCUUCCACCUUCUCCAUUGGAUAAUUUUCUGACACCAGAGACACCACCCGUCAAGUGUCACUGGGGACCUGUACCAUCUCCUCGAGGUGAUGAUUUUAGGAGAUGCAAGAAACCUCCCGAGUCUUUUUUCAUACUUCUUCCACCUUCUCCAGUUGAUGAUUCUCUCAGCCUCAAGGCAUCUCCCGAGUGGCUUCUGGUACCUCUUCCACAUUCUCCAGUAGAUGAUUUUCUGACACGAGUGACGCCGCCUGUCGAGUGUCGCCAAGGACCUGUACCAUCUCCUCGAGCGGAUGAUUUUAGGAAACGCAAGACAACUCCCGACUCUUUUUUCGUACCUCUUCCACCUUAUCCAGUGGAUGAUUUUCGGAUAUCAGAGACACCUCCCGUCAAGUGUCGCCGGGGACCCGUACCAUUUCCUUGAGUUGAUGAUUUCAGGAGAUGGAAGACGCCUCCCGACUCUUUUUUCGUACCUGUUCCACCUUCUCCAGUGGAUGAUUUUCGGACACCAGAGACACCUUCCGUCAAGCGUCGCCGGGGACCUGAACCAUUUCCUCGAGGUGAUGAUUUUAGGAGACGCAGGAUAUCUCUUUUUUCGUACCUCUACCACCUUCUCCAGUUGGUGAUUCUCUAAGCUUCAAGACACCUCCCGAGUGUCUUCUGUUACCUCUUCCAUCUUUUCCAGUGAAUGAUUUUGUGACACCAGAGACACCGCCCCUCGAGUGUCACCGGGUACUCUUACCAUGCCCUCGAGGUGAUGUUUUUAGGAGACGCAAGAAACCUCCCGACUCUUUUUUCAUACCUCUUCCCCCUUCUCCAGUUGAUGAUUCUCUGAGCCCCAAGACACCUACCGAGUGUAUUAUGUUACCUCUUCCACCUUCUCCGGUGGACGAUUUUGUGACAGCAGAGACACCGCCCGUCGAGUGUCCCCGGGGACCUGUACCAUCUCCUCGAGGUGACGAUUUUAGGAGACGCAAGAAACCUCCCGACUCUUUCUCCAUAUCUCUUCCACCUUCUUCAGUUGAUGAUUCUCUGAGCCACAAGGCACCUCCCGACUGUCUUCUGGUACCUCUUCCACGUUCUCCAGUGGAUGAUUUUCUGACACCAGAGACACCACCCGUCAAGUGUCACUGGGGACUUGUACCAUCUCCUCGAGGUGAUGAUUUUAGGAGAUGCAAGAAACCUGCCGAGUCUUUUUUCAUACUUCUACCACCUUCUCCAGUUGAUGAUUCUCUGAGCCGCAGGGCAUCUCCCGAGUGUCUUCUGGUGCCUCUUCCACCUUCUCCAGUAGAUGAUUUUCUGACACCAGAGACACCGCCCGUUGAGUGUCGCCGGGGACCUGUACCAUCUCCUCGAGCUGAUAUUUUUAGGAACCGCAAGACACCUCCCGACUCUUUGUGGUAGCUCUUCCACCUUCUCCAGUGGAUCAUUUUCUGAUAUCAAAGACACCUCCCGUCAAGCGUCGCCGGGGACCCGUACUAUUUCCUUUAGUUGAUGAUUUUAGGAGAUGGAAGACGCCUCCCGACUCUUUUUUCGUACCUCUUCCUCCUUCUCCAGUGGAUGAUUUUCGGACACCAGAGACACCUUCCGUCAAGCGUCGCCGGGAACUGAACCAUUUCCUCGAGAUGAUGAUUUUAGGAGACCCAAGACAUGUCCUCUUUUUUCGUUCCUCUGCCACCUUCUCCAGUUGAUGAUUCUCUAAGCCUCAAGACACCUCCCGAGUGUCUUCUGGUACCUAUUCCACCUUCUCCAGUGGAUGAUUUUGUGACACCAGAGACACCACCCAUCGAGUGUCACCGGCACCCUUACCAUGUCCUUGAGGUGAUGAUUUUAGGGGACGCAAGAAACCUCCCGACUUUUUUCAUACCUCUUCCACCUUCUCCAGUUGAUGAUUCUCUGAGCCCCAAGACACCUUCCGAGUGUAUUCUUGUACCUCUUCCACCUUCUCCGGUGGACGAUUUUGUGACACCAGUGACACCGCCCGGCGUGUGUCGCCGGGGCCCUGUUCCAUCUCCUCGAGGUGAUGAUUUUAGGAGACGCAAGAAACUUCCCGACUCUUUUUCCAUUCCUCUUCCACUUUCUCCAGUUGAUGAUUCUCUGAGCCUCAAGACACCUCCCGAGUGUGUUCUGGUACCUCUUCCACCUUCUCCAUUGGAUGAUUUUCUGACACCAGAGACACCGCCCGUCGAGUGUCGCUGGGGACCUGUACCAUCUCCUCGACCUGAUGAUAUUAGGAGACGCAAGAAACCUCCCGAGUCUUUUUUCGUACCUCUUCCACCUUCUCCAGUUGAUGAUUCUCUGAGCCUCAGGGCAUUUCCCGAGUGGCUUCUGGUACCUUUUCCACCUCCAGUAGAUGAUUUUCUGACACCAGUGACACCGCCCGGCGUGUGUCGCUGGGGACCUGUUCCAUCUCCUCGAGGUGAUGAUUUUAGGAGACGCAAGAAACUUCCCGAUUCUUUUUCCGUACCUCUUCCGCUUUCUCAAGUUGAUGAUUCUCUGAGCCUCAAGACACCUCCCGAGUGUCUUCUGGUACCUCUUCCACCUUCUCCAUUGGAUGAUUUUCUGACACCAGAGACACCACCCGUCAAGUGUCACUGGGGACCUGUACCAUCUCCUCGAGGUGAUGAUUUUAGGAGACCCAAGACGUGUCCUCUUUUUUCGUACCUCUGCCACCUUCUCCAGUUGAUGAUUCUCUAAGCCUCAAGACACCUCCCUAGUGUCUUCUGGUACCUCUUGCACCUUCUCCAGUGGAUGAUUUUGUGACACCAGAGACACCACCCAUCGAGUGUCACCGGUACCCUUACCAUGCCCUUGAGGUGAUGAUUUUAGGAGACGCAAGAAUCCUUCCGACUCUUUUUUCAUACCUCUUCCACCUUCUCCAGUUGAUGAUUCUCUGAGCCCCAAGACACCUACCGAGUGUAUUCUGGUACCUCUUCCACCUUCUCCGGUGGACGUUUUUGUGACACCAGUGACACCACCUGCCGUGUGUCACCGGGGACCUGUUCCAUCUCCUCGAGGUGAUGAUUUUAGGAGACGCAAGAAACCUCCCGACUCUUUUUCCGUACCUCUUCCACUUUCUCCAGUUGAUGUUUCUCUGAGCCUCAAGACACCUCCCGAGUGUCUUCUGGUACCUCUUCCACCUUCUCCAUUUUAUGAUUUCUGACACCAGAGACACCAGCGGUCAAGUGUCACUGGGGACCUGUGCCAUCUCCUCGAGGUGAUGAUUUUAGGAAGUGCAAGAAACCUCCUAAGUCUUUUUUCAUGCUUCUUCCACCUUUUCCAGUUGAUGAUUCUCUGAGCCUCAGGGCAUCUCCCGAGUGGCUUCUGGUACCUCUUCCACCUUCUCCAGUAGAUGAUUUUCUGACACGAGUGACACCGCCUGUCGAGUGUCGCCAGGGACCUGUACCGUCUCCUCGAGCUGAUAAUUUUAGGAAACGCAAGACACCUCCCGACUCUUUUUUCGUACCUCUUCCACCUUCUCCAGUGGAUGAUUUUCGGAUAUCAGAGACACCUCCCGUCAAGCGUCGCCGGGGACCCGUACCAUUUCCUUGUGUUGAUUUUAGGAGAUGGAAGACGCCUCCCAUCUCUUUUUUCAUACCUCUUCCACCUUCUCCAGUGGACGAUUUUCGGACAUCAGAGACACUUUCCAUCCAGCGUCUCCGGGGACCUGAACCAUUUCCUCGAGGUGAUGAUUUUAGGAGACGCAAGACAUCUCUUUUUUCUUACCUCUACCACCUUCUCCAGUUGAUGAUUCUCUAAGCCUCUAGACACCUCCCAAGUGUCUUCUGGUACCUCUUCCCCCUUCUCCAGUGGGUGAUUUUGUGACAGCAGAGACACCACCCAUCGAGUGUCACCGGCACUCUUACCAUGUCCUUGAGGUGAUGAUUUUAGGAGACGCAGGAAACCUCCCGAC